AUGUCGUCCUUCUUACUGUUCUGCAUCUCUCAAGUUCCAACAUCUAUCAUCGACACGCUAUUGGAGACACCAAAACACAAUUUCUUCUCACUUGUCCGCGACUCAACUCAGACAACAUUUGAUCCUCGGUGCACUUCACCACCUGUCGAUCUAUUCAUUAGCGAUUUUCAAUGUCGAGAGCAGAUAUGCAACUUCGUCGCUACUCAUCUCGACGAUCCUCCAUCGGCUAGUGAUCUAGAAGCAUGCCAGUAUGCUUUACUCGACCAGCGCAGUGCUAUAGAUCACACGGUUAUCCUCGCGCACUCAUACUCGAGUCUUGCCAUGCGCGAUCCAGGAAUCAUGACCGAAGAUGAGUUGAAUCAAUGGAACACCGAGUGUGAAGAGCGCUUUGAUGAACCCGAUGACUCGUGGCGCGAAUGGCGAGUCAGGUUCGAGGAAGCAGAUUCUCUGUCUACGCAUCUGUGCUUUGAGAGUGAUUUCACGGUCAAACUGUACAAUGAAGCUUUCGUGGCGGCGCACACAGACGACAAGGGCAUUUUUCAGGUGGACUCUGCACGUAGAGCCUUUGAGAAUGACCAUGCCUGA